GUGCUGUGUAAACAUUUGUUAUUGAUCUCCGUGCGCUUUCUUCAGGAUAUUAAAACACAUGAUGGAUUGAAAAAUUAUUUCUGGCAUAUAUUCAGAAAUCUACAUUAAUUUUGAUCGUCAGUGUACACUUGCUCACUGUAUUUCGAUGGAGGUGUGAAGACUCUCGAGACUUGUUUUUCCAAGGUCGGAAAUGAAUUUCGAUCAACUGCUGGCCACAAUCGGUGGCUUUGGGAGAUAUCAGAAGCUUCUGUAUGUGUGGAUAUGUCUACCGCAGAUCUUUCUCGCAUUCCACAUGAUGGCGAGCGUCUUCACAGGCGCCACGCCACCCCACCAUUGUUGGGGUUUAGGGAUGGAGAACGCGUCCCUUACUGUCGGCAACCUUUCAAAUGUGAAUCUGAGCAUCUCUCUUCUGCCAGGACAUGCGGACUCGUGCGCAGCAGUUUCAGGAAAGAACCACAGUACACACUCAACUUGUGAGACAGGAUGGGUGUACAGCCACGAGAUCUUCCAGAGCACCACUGUCACCGAGUGGGAUCUGGUGUGUGACAAGGCAGGUCUAAACAGUCUGGGCUCCUCUAUCUAUAUGCUGGGAUUGCUUGUAGGUGCUGUUGUGUUUGGAGCUAUGGCAGACAAGUAUGGGAGGAGGUUUGCCAUACUCUUGUCUUUAGCCCUUCAGACAGUGUUUGGUGUGGCUGCUGCCUUCGCUCCAAACUUCCCCGUUUAUGUCACCCUGCGCUUCAUCAUAGGAAUGACAGUGUCGGGCGUGAUAAUCAAUGCGUUUGUUCUAGGCACAGAGUGGACCUGCACACAGAGACGGAUGCUGGCUGGCAUCUUCACCGACUACUUCUUUGGUUUUGGCUACACGCUGCUGGCAGGUGUGGCUUAUCUCAUCAGAGACUGGAGAAAGCUGCAGCUGGCAAUCUCUGCACCAGGAUUUCUCUUCAUAUUCUAUAUAUGGGUUCUUCCACAUUCGGCCCGUUGGCUUUUGGUGAAUAACCGAAAUGAGGAGGCGAUUGAUCUUCUGCGUAAGGCAGCUACGGUCAAUGGUCGCACUUUACCUCCCACUGUUCAGGUGGAGCGAUAUGAGGGCCCACAAGGACGGAGUCAAUAUACAGCUGUUGACCUGCUCCGAACUCCACAGAUGAGGAAGAGAGCUCUCAUACUCUUCUACAUCUGGUUUGUUAAUGUGUUGGUGUAUUAUGGUCUGUCUCUGGGUGUGUCAGACUUCGGGGCAGACCUUUACCUCACUCAGUUCAUGUUUGGAUUGGUGGAAAUUCCUGCAAGGUCGCUGGUGUUGGUCCUCCUGCCCUACAGUCGACGAAUCCCACUGAGUGUGUUCCUUGCUGUGGGAGGCGGUGCAUGUCUGCUGACUGUCACUGUUCCAGCAGACAGUGCUCAUAUUCGGAUUGCUUUGGCCAUGGUGGGGAAAUUUGGAAUUACAGCAUCUUUUGCCAUCAUCUAUAUUUAUUCUGCAGAACUAUUCCCGACUGUUCUCAGGCAAACAGGUAUUGGUGUUUCUUCUAUGUUUGCACGGAUGGGUGGAGUUUUAGCGCCACUAAUAAACCUGCUUGGACGCCAUGCACCUGUUGUGCCCAUGGCGAUAUUUGGCUUCACCCCUCUGCUUGCUGCAGUGCUUGCUCUAGCAUUGCCUGAGACUGCCAGUCAACCACUACCAGACAGCAUUCAUGAUACAGAGAGGUCGGCUCUGAAAUAUGACGGACAAAUUCCUGUACAUACAAGCCAAUUGCCAAGCAACACAGGACAGGAACUGCAGUGUUUAGCAGAUGAGUCCAGUUAG